AAUACGAACUACACCAGUCACUAAUGUGUGUUCGCUCUUGUAUUUAACACAAAGAAGACGUGGCGACUUACAAUGCAAAAUUCGAUUUCCUUUUCUAUUGAAUCGAUUAUUUCUAGAAGAGAUCCUCCGAAACAAAUAGGGGAAGAAAAUUAUGACAGCCAAGGAAUUUUUAGCCACGGACCACUGAGUGCCAUGCAGAAUUUGGUUGAGCUCACACCGCGGGGCGAUGGGAUUUAUUCGGACAGGACGGUCUCUGUAUUUCAAAUGGAGGAAGAAAAAUUGGACAAACAUUUUCGUAGAGAGAAAGUAGUGGAUCGUUUUGCUUCCUCGCCAACAAGAUACAGUGGUGAGACUCGUCCAAAUUCACCAACUGGAAGUGACGAAGACGAACAAGAAGACCAAAAUUCAGACUCCGAGGGAGGAACCAAAUCAAGACGGAAAAGAACGGCUUUUACAAGCCAACAACUGCUAGAACUUGAACGAGAAUUUCACACCAAAAAGUACCUUUCACUGGAAGAGAGAUCACACAUUGCAAGAACUUUAAAACUCAGCGAGGUUCAAGUGAAAAUUUGGUUUCAGAACAGACGAGCGAAAUGGAAGAGAGUAAGGACUCUUGGUGGACCUCAGGCUCAUGGAAACCGAAAGCUUCACGCUCCUAAACUUGUUGUUCCUAUUCCCAUUCAUGUGAACAGAUAUGGAUCAAAAAAUCAACUCUACAUUUCUUGACAUAUGCAUUUAUUCGUUUAAUAUUCAAAGACGAUGUUGACCCUCAAUCGUGGUCCUAAAGCGGUAUCGAAGCCAUGCUGGCCUCUCCUGGCUCGUUCUACGUUCUACUCAGUUGUUUUCUUGGUGUUCUUAUUUGUGAUUUUUGUACCAUAGUCAUCAUGCGUUCAGUUUGUUUCCUCCGAAUUCUCUUAUUAAGUAGCAAAUAGUAAGCGUCAAAACCAAAGAAUGGCCUCGAGGAUCAACAAGCGAUUUGACUUAAUGCACAUUCAAUUAUCAAAGGAUGAAAACACUGAACACUGUUGUUCCUGUACUGUUAGCUUAGAAUAUCCGAAAAACUCUUUGCUUCCCACUCUCUGAAAGUUCUCUGUAUUUAGCAUGUUUUACAUAUGAAAAAGUUCUUACAUUUUUACUAGAAACGUAAAAACCCGACAGCUAGCUCAGCAGGCUUGACAGUCACGUCAGACAAAAGUGCUGUUUUGUAAAUGAAAACAAGUGGUUUCUUGCUUCAUCCCGGCUGUGUAUUGAUGAUCUGGCUUUUUCGCACCUCAGUCGCCAGUGCGUCUACUUCUUCAGCUCUGGGAACCUUGCGGAAACUUUUGAGGGUGUGAAAAUGGCAGCUUCUAAUAGGCAGUAAUUCUUUUCAAUUUAGAACUAAUCUGUACUUCACACUUGAAGAAACUGAAGCGACGGGGUUCUAACAGGAACUGAAAAACAUCAGCGAAAGAUCACUUAUGAGGAGUGUGUUUAGGAGUGUUCGGUUCUUUAUGUUGUUUUUCAACCCAAGCAGCUGUGCUAGCAAUCUAAAGGAAGGAAAUAUUAUUGAGUGUAUAUAUAUCGAGCUAUUUAAGAGACGAGUAAUGGUUCCUAGACUGAAGGGAAUGCUGCAUAUC